AUGGGAAAAGAGGCUUCCGAAAUCAGCAGAGAAAAAGACACUAAAACCAAGAAGCCUUCCAUUAAAGAAGUUAUUAGUAACUUCUGUGGCUAUACGACGGCACAUGGUCUUGGAAGACUGGCUGAUGGUGGUGGGAUUUUCCGUCGAGUGUCAUGGACUUUGUUUUGUGUAGGUGCUAUGGCGAUGUUCAUAGUCCAGACCAAGAAUUUAUUUGUUAUUUACUUCAGCCGACCUGUGACAACUGUGGUUACUGUUAACCACGAGAGCCAUGUCAAAUUUCCGGCUGUGUCCAUCUGCAACCUUAAUAUGAUUCGCUACGAUAAACUCCCCUAUGGUUUCAUAGACGGUAUUUUGGAGCAUUUGAGAAUAGAAGGGGAAAAUGAGAGUGGAGAUUCGAGAACCUCUCACGAUACAUUUAGCACUGGUGGUGUUCCCCCUGACCUCCCAAAUGAUACCGCUGGUGUCUUUACUGACAGUCUUGAGGACCCUACAACUGGUUCGUUACAAGGAUCGACUCACACUUCUGAUGUUUCCGAUGUUGUUACACAAAGCAUUGCGACGGAAUCUCCGACAGCUCCUCCAGGUGAUCCAACCGAUGCCUCCACAAGUGUCCCAGGAGGCCCGAUUGCUACCACUGAUGUGCACACUGGUUUUCCAGGUGUCCCAACAUUGUAUCCCUCGGAUGAUAACAACUACGACUACAACAAUGAAUACGAUCCAGACUAUUUUUACGACUACGACUACUUUGGCUCCGACUAUUUCUAUUUAGGUGGGCCUGAAGAGUCCAAAGAAGAAGAAUAUAGGAUUGAAGAAACUAUCCGUGCUGAGCUUGCAAUGAAAAACGAUUCCGAGACUUAUUCUAUGGGACACCAGUUUGAAGAUUUGGUGUUUGAAUGUUCAUUUAGAGGAUAUGAUUGCAGAAACUAUUCACGUUACUGGAGGCAUUUUUGGGAUCAUCGCUACGGGAACUGUUUCACAUUUAAUGGUGGCACUGAUGACGAUGGAGAAGGACAGAAGGUCAUGAUCUCCCACAUCACUGGACCAGCUGGAGGCUUGAAGCUCAACCUAUUUAUAGAGCAGUCACAGUACAUUGCAGAACUCAGUGAUACUGCUGGAGCUAGAGUUGUGAUUCAUGACCAAGGGCAAAUACCCUUUCCCAAUAACGAGGGGUACAAUGUACUACCAAGCCGCUCCACGUCAUUUGGCUUGACAAGGAAAGUCAUCGAAAGGGUUGAUCCAUUCGGGAACGGCAGCUGCCAGUCUGAGAAGAGUUUGAAUCGCAACAACAUGUAUGCCAAAAAAUUCAACGUUUCUUACUCUAGACAGGCUUGUUUAGAUUCUUGCCAGGCUGAGAAACAAGUUGAAGAAUGUGGAUGUGCUAGUGGCCAAUUUCCAUCCCAUUCAGAUAUUUGUAACUUAAAGAACUCAACAACAGUGAUGUCGGGCAGUGUCGUGUUGUCUCAGGUUUUUGAGAUUCAGUUCAUGGCCACCCUUUCAAUGGCGCAAUAUCCUGCCUAUUACUUCGAGGCAAUACUUGAGUCCCGCGUGAAGGAAAAGACCACCAUAUAUAAAGAGUUGUACAAUGGAUUUAAUCUUAAUGAAAACUUUGCGCAAGUGAAGAUAUUCUACGAGCAACUAAAUUACCAAAAGGUCUCCGAAAGAAUCAGCUAUAAGGGUGUCAAUCUCGUCGCUGAUAUAGGAGGUCAGCUGGGCCUUUGGAUUGGUAUAUCAGUGCUUACGUGCUGCGAGUUUUUGGAAUUGGUAAUAAUAUUAACACAAACCGUGAUUGGGCGCAUGAGACGACGAAAACUUAUUCACAUUCAACCUUAACCGAAAAAUGGAACUUAAUAAUGAUAGGAAA